CAUCGCGGUUCGACUGGAAUACCUCGUGGUAUCUAACGGCGCAAGUCGUCACGAUCGUCGUCGCGAUUAUAAUACAUAUAUAUACAAACUGUAACAGCCGCAUAACUCGACUCGCACACUCGCCGCGGCUUCGCGUCCGUAUUAUUUUUUACGUUUCGUGUGCAUAACAAUAUUGUUGGCGAGAUAAAUAUGAUUUAUUAACGUCCAUUUGUGCCGUUCAUAGAGACCUAUUUCGUAUUUAUUUUUUUUUAAUUCGAUUGGGUCGUCCAUUGUAUUCAAUUCCGUUCCUUCCGAAAGUUCGGUGCAGUGCAUAAGACCAUAAACCAUAGUGUUACUGCAGUACAAUACUCGGCCAUUGGCCGUCGCAUCGCGGACAGCUGUCUUUUAAAAACAAAGUGCCGGGCGAUUAAAUGCAUUCGAUGAAAAACUUUAAAUGAUUGCGGUCAUCUAGCAGUGAUGGAGUUGUUUCCAGUGGUCUCUAUAAUUCUAUUAUACGCCGUCGUGGUUACCAGAGCAACAUUUGAAAACGAUGGAAAUCUUGAAGCAUUACUUAAUCACGUUUUAUGGGAACCUACUACGAGCAAUUCACCGACAACAGAAGAAGAUAAAGUUGCUCCAUAUUUUGAUGAAACAUCUACCCACAACAACGUCACAGUUCAAAUUGGAGCAAAUGUUGACCUCCAUUGCAAAGUGAACCGUUUAAAUGACAAAACGGUAUCAUGGGUUCGAAGGGCAGGUGAUAAGAUGCAACUACUUUCAUUUGGCCAUCACGUUUAUAGUACAGAUCAGCGUUACGAACUUUUAUUUAAGGACCCAAACGAUUGGCAACUCCGUAUAUCCUAUCUGAAUGAAAGAGAUGGAGGUCAUUAUGAAUGCCAGGUAUCAACUCAUCCACCAAUCGCAUUCACCGUAUAUCUAGCUAUAAUAGUGCCUCAAUUGGAAAUAACAGAUGAAAGAGGCGUACAAGUAAAAGACAAAUUCUACUAUGUGGGUAGUACUAUAGAGCUAAAAUGCUAUAUAACCAAAGUACCCCAACCAAGUCAAUUCAUUGUAUGGCGUCACGAGACGACAAGCCUAAAUUACGACACAAGCCGAGGCGGUAUCAGUGUGAAAACCGAUAUACUGACAAAUGGCGCGAAGAGCAGGCUUUUUAUUGCCAACGCACAAACUUCUGACUCGGGAAAGUACACUUGUUCACUAACUGAUAUAGCAAGCACAUCAGUUACAGUACAUGUAUUAAACGGAGAAACUCCGGCCGCGAUGCAACACGGCGGUAGCAAUCGGUGUGGUAGGCUACAUUCACUGUGGGUGAUCAUCACAUUUGCAUGGAUAUUGUUUCGAUUAAGUUGACAUGAUUAAUACGCGAAUGUGCACUGUGUUCCAGACCGAUAUGUUACUUAUUAUAAUUAACUAUUGUUAACUUGAAUCAUUAAAGGAAAACCAAAAUAAUCCCGAUAACCCGACGGACAUGGAUGUUAAAUUGAUCGAUUUACACUCCGAAUGUAUACAUAAUAUUAUACUCGUAUGUUGUUUUUGUUGAGUUUUUAAUCACUCUGUAUUUAUAUUUGUAUUAUAUAAAAAAUCUAUAACUCCUAUCACAGUUAUUAUAACUAUUAUUAUUAUUAUUAUAUUAUACUUAAUUAUAUAUAUAAAAAAAAAAAAAAUUUAAAAACCUAUUAAAUAUUAUACUGAUAAGUUUAGAUGAAAAUUAAAUACAGCUUGUAUAAAUUAAACGAUAAAUAUUAUAACUCCUGAGUUGGUAUUUUUUAUCGUUUCGUCUAAUUUAGUUGUGUAUUACUGACAUAUCCAACUAUGCUGUAUGGGAACCUAAUCAUAUUAUAAUAAAUUAUAUUUCUGUAUCCUACACUGUAUAAUCAUGAAUAACAUUGUAAUUUCCAAUCUAUCUAUUUAAAAACUAUAACUAUUGAACUGAUAAAAUACCUAUUACUACCUUUGUAUAUUUACAUGAAAGCACAGAAGACCCUGAGAAAUGUACAACAUAUGAGUAGGUCCUUAAUUGUUAUCUUUUCAUGUUAUAGUAUUGUUUAAAAAUAAUUAUUUUUUUCUUACUUUCCAUGAAUGUUGAAAGUUAUUAAAUACU